UUAUUCGUACUUGCGAGAUUUUAUACUUUUGAGAUUCUGUCAUUCGCUAUCGAGUAAAGUGUAUCGAAAUUUCUAAUGAUGUUACUCGAUAACAAACUUGUGUUCGAAUGCAACCGUGUGAGUUCUCAGUCGUUAGCAAAUUACCAAUCGAAAUUAUAUUUUUCAAAGAAUUCGUUGGAAGAAAAGAAAAUUUCGAAUACAACAAAAAUUAACUUCAGACAAAAGCAAAUUCUUGCUGAGUUUAUGUCAGAGCACACUGAUUUGGCCAAAGGAGUUCUACCAAAUACAUCACAAGGAAAAGCAACAGCCAAUAGACUAUGGGAAAACUUAGCCCUAAUGCUAAAUGCUUCUGGUCCACCAUUGAAGGAUGCUAAAACGUGGCGAAAGUUAUUUGAGUCUCGUUUCCAUUAUCCAUAUCUAGCAUUGUACUUUCAACAGGAGUUUGCUGGACAUUCUCGUAAUUAG